GCUUUGCUUUGGUUUGGUUUGCUCUUUGCCUUGCCUUGUAUUCCUCUCGCUCUCUCAAUUCAGAGUCUCAACGCUCCCUCUUUCCUAGGAGGGGGUCUGUCUGCAUCGAAAUCUCCUCCUAUCGGAUUCGCUUUCACUCAUCUACCAUGGCGACGGAGUCUUUUACCGACAAGGAAGCGAUUUUCAGGAAGCUGAGAACCAAAUCAGAGAACAAGAUGUGUUUUGAUUGUAACACCAAAAAUCCGAAUUGGGCAUCUGUGACUUAUGGGAUCUUUUUGUGCAUUGAUUGCUCCGCUGUUCAUCGGAGUCUCGGUGUUCAUAUUAGCUUCGUGAGGUCUACGAAUUUGGAUUCAUGGACUCCAGAACAGUUAAAAAUGAUGAGCUUUGGAGGAAAUAGUCGUGCUCAUGCUUUCUUCAAGCAACAUGGUUGGACUGAUGCUGGAAAAAUUGAGGCAAAAUAUACUUCCAGAGCUGCUGAAUUAUAUAGGCAAUUACUCACAAAAGAAGUAGCCAAGAGUGUAGCUGAUGAAGCUGUUUUGCCAUCAUCACCCAAGGCCUCUCAAUCAACAGAAUCUUCUAAUGGUGUUUCUCAUGUGAAUACCACGGAACCACCAAAAGAAAUCGUGGUGGAAAAACAAGAGACUUCUCAAAUCUCUUCUUCACCCAAGAAAUCUCAUACUGUAACCACUAGUACUGUUAAGAAGCCUCUUGGUGCAAAAAAGGCUGGUAAAUCUACUGGCCUAGGUGCUCGAAAACUGACCAAUAAGGCAAGUGAAAACCUGUAUGACCAGAAACCUGAGGAGCCACCUGCCCAGGUUAUCACUUCAAAGAGCAGCAUCCCAGCAGCUGGUUCUGGUUCUGGUUCAUCUUUUACAUCUCGUUUUGAGUAUGUAGAUGAACCUAUUAAUCAAACGAAUUCUGGGGAUAGUUAUGUGAUUAACCACAUUGCUCCUCCAAAGUCGUCAAACUUCUUCUCAGAUUUUGGGAUGGACAAUGGGUUUCAAAAGAAACCUAAUGCUAGUUCUAAGGUUCAAGUGGAGGAAACUGAUGAAGCGAGAAAGAAAUUCACCAAUGCCAAGUCAAUUUCAUCAGCCCAAUUCUUUGGGGAUCAAAACAAAUCUGCCAUGGAUGCUCAAAUAUCAUUGCAGAGCUACUCGGGUUCCACAGCCAUCUCCAGUGCAGAUCUUUUUGGCCAGGGUUCAGACAAUAUGAAUGACUUCAAUGCAUCUGACUUGAUUAACCGCUUGUCUUUCCAGGCACAACAAGAUCUGUCGUCGCUAAAGAACAUAGCAGGAGAGACUGGGAAGAAACUGAGUAGCCUGGCAUCCAAUUUAAUGACAGAUCUUCAAGAUAGAAUUCUCUGAUGGCUGGUCGGUUUUGUUCGGUUCAACCUGUUUGUUGAAAACAAUGUGAAGAAAAACAUGGUGCUAUUAUAGAAGAAGACUUUAUAAUAUUUCUUUGUUUGUUUUUAUUUUGCAUAGAUGGUAGAGAGUGUCAGACCAGGAAUAUACUUUUGGAUAGAAAAUAUGACUAUAAAUUUGCUGAUGAAUGGUAUCCAUCAGACUUUGUGCUUUAA